AUCCGGAGUAGUCGGGGCGAAGCCCCGGAUACCGGACGGGAAACCAAAAAAAACAAUGUUAUAAUAAAUAAAAACUAAAGGACGUUGGUUAACAUUUUUCAAAAGCCCCUUUACUGUAUGCUAGGUGCGUCCUGCUUUAAGAGCUCGGAUCAGUAUGCUUGUGGGAAUCUCAUUGAGAAGGUUCACUACCACUCAGAUGAAGGAAAGUGGAGACAAGAUUCUAAAGCAGUAUGGACUGGAGAGUGGCUUCAUGCAAAUUUGGCUGUUUGGGGACCAUUUGAGCUUAGUGAAUGUGGAUUAUCUAUCAGUCAGGAAUCUUUAGCUCAGGAGCAUAGUGCUUUAAGGAGUGUGGGUAAGGGCAAGAAGAAGAUAGUGGAAGCCUGUGGCUUUGGGGAGGAAACAAUGUAGAAGAAGAGGCAGGAGAUUAGCAAGGGGAAAAGACCCUUGCGAAUUGAGGUGGCUUUGAAUUAUGAGAGCCAAGACAAGUAGAUUUCUAUUGCGAAUAAUGGUAAGGAAUUUUUAGUUGAGAAUGCUGUUAAUACACAAUCUCAAGAACU